CUUGGUGUUGAGCAAAGUAUGCUUCGAUCACCACUACGACUUACUACUACAGUAAAAUCAAUUCUCUAUAUACCUGCACAGUAGAAUAUUAAUGAAAACUGCCAAUGACUUCAAAUGUAGAUGGAAAACUGGAAAUCAUAGUUCGGUUUGCUUCUGCUAUGCCUGAUCUCUCAUUAGAAGUUCAAAAUGCAGGAGAAACAACAAUCCGGGAACUUUUCAAGAUUAUUCGAAGUCGAACACCGGAAUGUAAGGACAAACACCUAAAACUGAUAUUUCAAGGUCGUCUUUUAUCUCCUUCGUUCACAAUAGAAAGAGCAGUAAGGGGGAACUGGCAUUAUGAACCCCAUAGACAAGGUAACGAAUCGCGAAAAGCAUUUAUUCAUUGUAUUGUCGGACCUCAGCUAUCACCAAACGAAUUGGCCCCAGAAGACCAAGAAUUAAGUCAACUUCAGCGCUCCAGCGCUUCACAAGCGGAAGCGUCGGCAUCACAUCCUACAGAGAUGCUGAGAGGUUUUGACCGACUUCGUGAAGCUGGAUUUACAGAACCUGAAAUUUCCAGUUUAAGGUCCCAAUUUCACCAAGCCCGUGGUACGAAUUUAGAGGCUCUUACAGAAGAUGCAAUACGCGAAGCUGAGGACGAUUGGAUAGAUAACGGGGCACAAACUUCAUCAGCAGAUGAAUUUGACAUGUCUUACGAAACUCUUUUGGCUGGCGUGCUGGUCGGUUUUUUUGGUGGUGCUCUUGCAUGCUAUUUUCUUUGGCAGAGGACUAUGUUUUCCCUGCGAAUGCAGCUUUCAAUCUUGGUAGGAAUUAUUUGCAAUUUUGUUUACGGAGUUUUGCAUUCUUAUCGAUGGUAAAAAAUUAGAAGUAUUGCUUACUGUAGCAUCAAAUUGAUCGGUACUUUCUAAUCUGAACUGAAGUACCUUUCUUAUGUUUUCGCAUUUAAGAAAUUCCCGCCAAUACUUGGACGUUUUAUCUUAUUUAAAAAAUAUCUGUCGGGUACUACGAAUGAUUCAUUUGUCUACCACUUUUAUGACUAUGGAUCGCUUUUUUUUUCUCUCUCUCCUUUUGUUGCUUAAUUUAAACAUGCAAUUUAACAACACUGGAUAAAUAUCAUUAAUGAUCUUUCUAUCCUCUGAUUGCCAGGUUAACUUUAUUACUGUUGUUUAUGCACGUUGCACUCUAUGGUUUAUAAUGACUAUGAUAUGACUCUAUUUGUUGAAAUAAAUCGGUUUUGUAAUUCACAUUUCACAC